AUGUCGGACCGGUUAGAAGGUUAUGAUCUCAGUAAGUUCAAACAAAACAUUUCUUUAUCAACUGAACAUUGCCUGAAUUACGUGAAACAAGAUUGUAUUGAUGGAGAUAACAUUGCUUUUACGGUUAACAUUCCGAACGAGCACCUUAGAAGUUGGCGUGACCUUCGAGAGGAGGGGGGCUUGUUGUGUCAAUUCUCCUACGUGGAAAUUUUGAAUGCCAUGAUUGAUGAAUACGGCGUUAAAAUUAAGGAAGACUGCGCAAGAAUUGAUGGUUUACUACAAAGAAGCAGCGGCACUGUCAAAAGCAACUGCCGGAAGCUCCAGGGUCGUGCCAGACUUCAGUAUCUGAGUAACAUUAGAAAAAUUGCUAUUCGUCAAGAUGAAUUAAUUAACGUGGGACUCAUAGAAGAAGAACUAAAUAUAACCAAAGAAAAUGCAAGAGGGUUACUA